GCAUAUAUUUCAUCCACCAACUCUUUCAACUGAUCAUCUCCUUUCUAAGAGAAAAAUCCUCCCUAUCGAACCCAUUUCAUUAAAACCUCAGUCUCCAAUCUCCCUACUCAAAUCAGCUCCGAGGUUUAAGAUCCUCAUGUUCAAGAAAUCAAAGUCAAUGGCAUCGCAGAAAACAGAGAAAACAGGGGCGCCGGAGUACUUGAAAGCAAAUAACAAGAAGAAUGAAAGCAACAAGCUUUUCACUGUCAAGUUCAAGCUUGAAGAGGUCACAAAUAUUUCUUUCUUCACCAAACAGAACAGCUUGAGAAAGCAGAUCCCUCAUGAAUCCGAUGACAACGAUACAUCAAAGCGGUUUUCAAAGGAAAUGAUACAGAAGUACCUGAAGCUAAUCAAACCAUUAUACAUCAAAGUUUCCAAGAAGCAUACUGACAAGAUGAAAUUCUCCAGUGAGUUAUCAGUUGCGUCUCCGUCAUCUUCUCCGGCAACGGUGCCGGCGAAGGAGAAACAGGGGAGUUUUCCGGCAGGGAUUAGAGUGGUUUCUAGGCAUCUUGGAAAAAGCAAAUCAGCUUCAGCGACCACAGGACUUUCUCAUCCAGUUGUGAGCAGGAGAGAUGAUUCUCUGCUGCUACAACAUGAUGGGAUUCAAAGUGCCAUCCUGCAUUGCAAGAAAUCUUUCAAUUCUUCAAGAGAUUCUUCGUUAAUGUCAAGAUUCGUGAGUGACCCUUCGCACGAGAAAUCGAUGUCUUCACCAAGGAUUUCAUCAAGCGAAUAGACUGGAAUGAGUUAAGCUCUGUUUCUUGGAAUUCAAGAGAGCACAAGCGGGAAAUAUACAAAGAAAAGAAAUUUUAUAGGGUUUUUUUCAUGUUUGAUCAUGUAAAGGAAAAGAAACGGAAAAAAUUAGAGAGAGCUGGUAGCUUUUGUUAAUAGGGUUUAUUCCAGCUGCUGUUGAUGUUGUUGCCUGUAAAGUAAUGGUUCAUCAUGGGAAAACUUGAAAGAAAGUCUGAAACUGGAUCUUUUGUUGUAUCUAAUCUUAUUUUGAUACCUCAAAGCGUUGUGCAAGCUAGUCCUCCAUGUCAAAAAUGUAAUCAUAUCUAGAUUUGAUAACUGAAAUGACUUUGAUUGGUUUGCAAGAAA